AAAGCAUAACACUGUAUACUAUUUGUUUUUAAUGGAUUAUCACGACUGCAUUGAUGCUCAUCUGACAUUUCGUGACAGUCAAAGACGUGAGGUCAGCAUGCUAUUUUUGAACCGGGAACACGUGGCACUGUUUCUGGUAAACGAGAGAGCGAGGGAGAGAGAGAGGGAGCGAGAGCGAGGAGGGGGAGAGAGAGCGAGAGAGAGACUCUUGUUUCAGCCACGAACACAUCAAUACACAGUAGCAGAAUCUGCAGUGCACUACUGUACACUAGUGACGGAGUGACCGUGGAUUAUAGAAUUUUAAAGGAAAAACAGAUAUGACGAUGGAGGUUCGAGUGUGUAUUUACCUUGGUGCCUUGCUGCUGCUGCAUGUGGGAUCUGCUGAUCAUGGUAAUGAGCACACUGCACAACCAGCACCAGAACGUGACCUGGAUCUCACCAGCAAUCUGCCACCCAUUAUUGCUCCAAAGAGCUCCAACGCCACUUCCUCGACCGGCAACAAUACGACGACACAUUGGGAAGUCGCCGUUUCGACGCCACAGCCAACCCAAGGGAAUACGACAUCCAUGCCACAACGAUCCGUCAACCUGACCGACGUCAUGACAUCAAAGCCCUCCGUUACCCCCACGUUCAUCAUCCAAGCCUCUGACACAACAUCUACUCACAGCCCUUCAAACAAAACCCAGGCCAACACAAAUUCACACCAGCCGCCCGACUCCCUUCCUGUCUCCACGACACCAUUGAGCCGGGCAGCUGCCGUGUCCACCCCCUUGUCUCGCAACACCUCGGAUAAAACGCCCACGACGACUCAGCGAUAUCCCACGCCCACCACGGCUCGGCAACAUACCACGCCCACGCCCACCGCGGCUAGGCAACAUACCACGCCGACACCCAUCACGACUCAGCAAUAUACCACGCCCACCACGACCCGCUUCACAACCACCUCCUCCAGAGAGACCUCCACCUCUCAGAUGACAACUCUCAUGUCAGCGCAGAGGACCUCCAGCAAAACCCCCGUGCAUACCACCGUCGUCCCACCGAGCCUCACAUCCACGCAGACCAAACUGCAUGCAGACACCCCAUCGCAGCUCAACGUUAAGGGCAACACCGUCCACGACUCCCCAACGCUGGAUCCCCUGCUGGCCGGCUUGGUGUCGGCCUUCAUAGUCAGCGCCGCAGUCAUCACCUUGCUCCUCUUCCUCAAACUGCGUCGACGAGACAACAGGCCAGAGUUCCGCAGGCUACAAGAUUUGCCCAUGGACGACAUGAUGGAGGAAACACCUUUGUCUAUGUACAGCUACUGAUCUGGAUGCACAGCCAACCACUGACUCCCCCCAAAAGCCUUUCUUCAAGGGUAACAUUUGUAAUGAUUCAACCACCCGGUCUGUCUUCUUGUGACUGUUGAUCCUUACCACAUGCGGUUAUGUGGGUAGCUACAAUUGUAUCCAGGUCUGAUGGCGGCUCUGAUACAUAACACACAGAUACCACCUAUGUUGGGUUCUGCAGCAAAUGUCAAUUUCUGAUUCGUACGCACAAAAUGCACCCAUUUCUCAUUUCUGCAUGUUCUGUAUUUCCUCUAAUAAUGUUUUUUGUAUUUUGAGGAAAUACAGAAAUCUUAUCAUUAAAGGCUUUUCGGAUGACUCAAAGGCCCAAGAGGAGAAUAGAACAAACGGCCUAAUUAUACGUUUAAUGAGGUUGCACUUUAUUUACAUUUUCUAUGUUCGUUUCGAAUAAAAGUUAUUGUUUGUGCGGGUGCGUUUCGGCUGUGCCUGGGCUUUUAAGUGUGUGCGUGUUUCAAAUUAUUGUGUUCAUGGGUUAUUUAAAGGAUACUCUAGUCGGCUACAACAUUAGGUGCAUCUCUCCGAGCAAUACAAGAGCUUCAUGGCGCAUUCACAAAGGUAGUGAUGCUCUGAUUUGAUUGAGUGGUUGUAUCUAAUGAGGUGUCCAGGGUGUGUUCAAAUACAGUAUUGUUGAUGAUGCCCCCCGCCCCCCUACCAUUGCAGUUUAAGAGUGCCUUUUAAACAUGUACAUUCAUGUCAUUUCCACAUGUGACGUGAACAUACGACUGGAGCAGUGGCCUUUUUGAAGUGUUAAUACUGUAAAUACUGUUAUUGUCGAGCGCCUGGAUUAAUUUAUAAAAAACUCAAAUAAAUUGCAUUCCCCUUUGAGAUGAACCCAUGUGGAAAUCCACGUUU